GCCGCCGCCGUCUGAGAUCCGCCACGUCACUAAUCACGUGAUGACGACGUCUCGUUUUGAAGAGGCUAACCCGUGAAAACCGUGAACGCGUUGUUCCAUUCUGUGUCGCGCGCUGAACGACGGCUCUACCGGCGUUUGUCUUCAACCAGUGAAGUCCUGAAUCGUGUUCCUACGGCAGCGGGACACAGCACAAAGCCUCGCAUGUCGGUCAUGGCGUCUACGGAGAAGAGCAGCGGCGCGACAGAUGCAGCCGCGUGUCCAAAAAACGGUGACGAGCCGGCAGACAAACGCAAACGGCCACUGCGGUUCUCGGGCCAGCAGGACAUCCAACUUCUCCAGGAGGUCGUGAGCCUCAACCCGUUCAAGGACACUCCACCAACUACGGCUUGGGCGGCGAUAUCGCGCAACCUGGACAGCGUGCUCAAGAUCAGCUCUCGCCGGUGCCGUGAGCGCACCAUCCUCAUGUUGGACCAGUACAUCAAGGGAGACCUCGCAAGCCUGCAGCGCUUUUGCACCAAGGACGAGCUUGCCGUCAAAGAGCAACUGCUGCAUCAGGUGCUGCAGCAAUACGAGAGCGGCGCAGGGGGUUACAGCUCCCGCAUCGGCUCUGGAGUCUCUACGGCGCCCCAAGCAGCUGCUGUCCAAGAGGACGACAACGAAGACUUUGACUUGUACCGGCCUCGCAUCAUUCUCCAUGAAGACUCAACGCCCGAACACUCCGACAACCACGAACCGAGCAGCGAGCAAGACAGGGACGACAAGCAGGCGCUAUCUCCGAAGCGUCCGCGGUUCAUGGACGACGAGAUGCUCAUCGAGGAGAUGAGGGUUGCAGCGGCCGCUACGGCUGCAGCAGCAGCUGUCGAAGACGGCGCUGCCAGUGCCGAAGCGGCCAUGAAAGCCGCCGACGGAAUCUCAGCGGCCGCCGAAGCGCACCACGUUGCUCGGUCCGCAGGCGCCGGAGACUUCCCCAUGCAAGUCAUCACUUACCUGCUCACACGUCAGGCCAAGGAAGCUCAGGUCCGAGAACGUGAGCUCAAGAUUCGACAAGAAGAAGUGCAGCUGGAAAAGGCAAGGCUCAAGCUUCAAGAAGACAACCUGGCUCUGGAAAAGGCCCGCUUUGAGAUAGAACGCCAAGAACGUGAGCAACGGCUCCGUUCUGAACUACAGGAUCGCAGCGUCUUCAUGGAAGUGCUGAAGAAGGUCUUCAGCAAUGGUCUCGGCGGUAUAUGACGGGACGUCACAUUCAACGGUGAAGGAGGCGCUAUCCUCGCAAAAGGGACUGCACGGGUGCCAGUGCCUGUUUAACAGUUUAUUUUGUUUUAUUUAUUUAUUUAUUUUUCCAACAUGAAACCCCGGAAAAGUCUUCGGACGUAAAAUUACCUGGCAAUGCGGUGCCCCGGUCUAACUCUAGUCUUGCUUUUGUUUUGCAGUACAAUUUUACAGUACAUUUUUUACAGUACAUUAAACACCCAUCGCCAUUGUGGCCUGGUCUUUGUGC